CGACUAUCGAGCAUCACAGCAGUGCGACUAUCGAGCAUCAUGCUGCGACAUGCAGUCCUGAACGGCAAGCGUCAAGGCAUACAGCGACUCACAUGACUGUCUUGCCUCGCCGAGCCGUCUGUAGGACGUGCUGGGAAAUGUAUAAAGCCAUGCUGAAUCGCAUUCAUGCCAGCCAGCACCACUCUCCAACACAACUCAUUGAAACAACACUCAUCUUCACCCAUCCUUGUCGCCAGCAAGCAAUCCCCAGUCAUCAUGUACACACCCGCCCUCAUCGUCCUCCUCACGACCACCGCCCUCGCCCUCCCCAAGCCGUCGGCCCUGAUCGGCGUCCCGUCCGUCGCAAUCCCCGAGUCCCGCCACGCCAUCGUCGAGAGCAGCCAUCGAGAGACGGGCGUGGAGAAGCGCCAGUCCUUCCUCACCGGCCUUCCCGGCGUCUACAUGCCCAGCCACUACCCCGGGUGCGUGGGCGGCGCGUUCUGUCCCGAGUGGUACAUGCGCCAGAUCCAGCGCGAGGACGCGGAGAGAGCGGCGCGCGAGAAGGAUUUGUCGAGUCUCCAAGUCCGCCAGGAGCGCGCCGAUGACGAAGCGGGCGUCUUCUACUGCCAAGACGUCGAUUGGCAGGGCGAAUGCGUCUACAACACAACCGCCCUCGGAAGCGAUCCAAAGGACUGCGCGCAACUCAACCUGCCCGCUAGCAGCAUCGGGCCCGACGAGGGGUACUACUGCAUCUUCUACACCAACGCGGUCUGCGCCCCCAUCGCCUCGGACGGCAGCGACGCGCUCACCCUGUCGUUCCCGGGCAGCGCGAAUCUGAUGCAGACGGACAAAGGCGACUUCAACGAUCGCCUGCUGAGCUACCAGUGUUUCCGCGAGGACAAGGUGGAGCCGAGUCCGCCGGAGACGGCUCAGGAGGUAGCCCAGGAGCGCGAGGCGGCCAUGCACGUGCAUGCCCAGGCGGAGAGGCAGUGAACGGUGGGAUCGACGUGAGGCCAAAGGAUCGCUUGGUGCAAUGCUUAUCUUGACAUGCUGCUAAUCGCACCUGUAUCCUCCUUCUUUAUAGUAGUAGGCAACAGACUUUCGAGCAGUGGGACUGCGCUGAGAAUGGUCACGUGUGGUAUGGGAACAGGCGUUUUAUAUACGACUUAGCACGAGUAGAUAGCUGUCUUCCGCUAAUAACUUCA